AUGGAGACUGCUGGUCUAGAGGAUCUGCUGAAGCAGGACGGUGCCUACACUGUUUUUGUACCAACUGAUGAUGCCUUUGAGGGCCUUAGUCAAGAGGACUUUGAAUUGCUCAAAAGUGAUAUAAACGCUUUAAGAACCAUUCUUCUCUACCACUUCAGUGAUGGUAUCUUCAUCAAUGGAGGAUUAGAGAAACGAGUGACUUACCUGCUUAGAACCCUGCAGGGCAUCAACCUUCAUCUUAAAUCAGUACGAUAUAAUUAUUGA